AUGAUUUUCUCGCUUUUCUACACACGGUUAGCAUGUCUCGAACUGUCUGGAAAUACCAUCAUUGCAGCACAAGAAUCAAAAGCACUAGAAGACCUAAGCUCCACCUUCUACUAUGUGGAUCAAGCCUCCGCUACGUCAGAUGUAGAAAACGAAGAGAAGCAUACAAAUUACCCUCGUCAUAUUGUGCCGUGGCCGCUACGUGUUCUCGCUGUCAGGCUCCAGAGCAUUGGGUUUGGUGAUUCACGCAGGGGCAUUGGAGGUCUAUACGAAAUUGGACUAGAAGCGCGGAGGGAGAUCAUGCGGCCAGACCUGAGUCCGGCGGAACGAAGUAUAUGGAAGGAGAGACUCUCAGACCUUGGAAUUCGGAGUGUCAAUGCAUUGAUUGAAAUGGGUGAUCUCAGUACCGCCAGAAGAUCUCUGCACAAUUUGCAAACAUCAGGGUCGGAUGAAACUAACAAGCUAAGAAAGGUGCUCCUUUUCCUUCUGAUCGGCGACAUUGAUGCAGCGAAGCAGCUUUCUGGUGAAUCAGACGAAACUGGAAUUUCUAUUUCCAAGCCACUUCUGAGCAUGGCUGAAGGCCACUACGAUGAUGCAGUAACAGAAUGGCAAGCUCUUCUAGAGAGCGGUUCAAAGGGGACCGAUACGGCCAUAAUAUCCCAAAACAUGGCAGCCCGUCAGGUUUUGGAGUCAUUGGUGCAUGGCGGACAGUCUUUUGGCGGUCUAAUCUUUAACCUGUCAACCGUCUACGAGCUCUGUUCAGACAAGUCAGGGCAGUUGAAGGCCGGGCUUGUAGACCUUGUCGCCAAGGAACCUGCCACAGGACACACCAACUUGGAUCGACCCAAUGCAGAUUUCAAACUGUGA